AUGAUACCGCAUUCUUCUGCCGGCGGCCAACCAUGGGGCCAUCCGAUGCGACCACUCAAUGGUGGCCCGGGAAGAGUCGAUCUGGCACAAAUGUCUUCUCAAUAUGAUCCCUCAUCGGUGACCUCUCAACCGCCCCUACCGCUGUCCCAACCCCCGGCGCGCCCAUCGGCCGUGGUCGAUUUAACCAAUAACGGAUACGAUACGAACGAUAAGGAGCCCCCACCCAAACGACCAAGACUGGAUAUAUCGGGUGUUUCCAAGGUUAGUGAUGCAGGUUCAUCCGUAAAGGGUGCGGAUGCGAGGGGUACACCGGCCAGCGCUAGUUCACGACCUCAACUGUCAUGGCGCGGCCGACCCAUGUGGUCUUUCCAGGCGGUCAUGUCAGAGAUUCCAGGUAGUGCGACGGGAUCUCGUCCAACAUCACCGCCCCCGUUCCCUACCCAGCCUUGGAGUAAUGUCCCACUAGACGAUGGGUCAAGAUCCAGAGAGGCUUCUCCGGAUAAGAAGGUUCAAACAGUUCCAUUUCGCAUUGUGACUCCUUCUGUGGCGCCGGCCAUUAAAGGCGAGAAAGUGGCGGAUUUCACGCCGUGGACCGGGAAUCACCCAGAAGAUGUCUUGAAUGAGCAAGCAGCGAAACAAGGCUAUUAUAGCAGGACUCAGGUUUCUCAAAACGAAUCCAAUACGGCCCGACCUGCAUUGUAUGGGCAAUUAAAACACCGCACAGGGCUUCAGAUGCUUUCAACCGUCUUUUCUGCUGCAUUGGAAAAACGUCAGAACCACAACACUGUUCAUGCGCCAUCUAGUUUUAAGCCGCCACCAAGAGUGACACUCACCGACAAUAAACGAGAAGCCUGGCUUCGAGAUCUUGCCAAUCCAUCCGUACCGCUGCGCCGGCUGAGCCGAACCAUCCCCCAUGGUAUCCGAGGCAAAGUCCUUCUGGAUCAAUGCUUGGGAAAGUGGAUUCCGGUUGCACGAGCAGUUUGGCUCGCAAAGUGUGUCGGUGCCAAUGAAAUUCGUGCCUUUAAGCGGAAGGGAACGAGUGGUGCUCUGGCUGUGGGGUUGGAGGCGAAAUGGGUACGAGAUUGGACGACAAACGUUCAGCAGUUUGUUGAGACUGUGUUCAAUGCGCCCAAGUCCUCUGACUGGAAACCGAAGAUGACAUAUGCGAUUGGUUUGACUGCCCGUUUGUUCUUUGAGAAUCUUCUCGAUCAUGACCACUUCAUUGAGUGGUUCCUAUCUUCGUUUGAAGCCGCCUCGAUUGGCACGGUUCCCGUCUGGCUUAUGAUGCUUGGAAUUUACUGGAACAGCAUCACACGGUAUCGUCGUAGAGGGCGACGGCUAGCCGAACUUCUACUUGAAAAGCUGCGUCAAGCCACAGAGACCAAACGAGAGCCCCUUAAACCCCUCAUUGAUCGACUGUCCCGGUUCAUGAAGAAAUUGAUUCAGGAACAUACUUCAUCAUUGCUCCUGCCAAAUUCAUGGGAGAAAUACAAAAGCCAGGUCAUAUCGUGCCUUGAUCUCACAGACAAUGUCGACCGAGCCUUGUUGCAAAACCUCACCGAGCGUAAUUUCCGAGUACAACGGCCUCGCCAUCCAAAACAAACACCGCAGCGAUCCCCAAACCAACGCGUUAUUCGCCUUCUUGAUUCGAUUCUCUCUGAAUAUGACAUCAAUGCAGUCUCGACUGCCUGCUUGGGAGUUGUUGAGGAUAGAACAGUCUUGGUCUCGAAGUUGCUGGAAUGGCUCUCCACUCCAUUCCGCCACGGGAUCUACCGAGUCUACGCUGGUGCUCGUCUAUUGCGAAAAUGGAAGGCGGCAGGAGUAGAUGUGGAUGACCACAUCCUGUCCUUUCUUGCUCGAGCCGGACGCAAUCAGAAAUUGAACAUGGAGAAUGUAUAUCAUACAAUCUCUGAGCUUGUUAGGUCGCAAACCUUCUCAGUGGGUCGCUAUCUCCAGUGGCUGAUGGCAAAAGAUGUUACAAGUCAUGCCUCUUCCUACCGUCAAUCAAUGCCUGAUUCGCAAACCGAUAUUGCAUUGAUAGCACAGCUUCCUGUUGGCCGUCUCCCGGAACAUGUUGGCAAUUUGCGCAGCACCUUGCUAGCCCGAAUUGGGUUUUCUGCUGCAGAUGAAAUCAACAUGCUUGCCAAUAUAAAGCAACUUAUCAGCCAGCGUCUCCCGGGAAUAUUUGACAUGGAAUCUCACAAUGACAUGACGCUUGAUUCGUCAUCCAUUAAUCUAACUUGGGCUGUGAAAGCGGAGAUAGGCCAGUGGCUACGGCGAGGUGUUGCUCAACAUACUAGUGAGGCCACUAGCUCAGCCAAUCGGGCAUCCAUUCUUGUUGGUGGGUCCCAAUCCGUGUCAAUGCUUACGCCGGAUGAAUUUCAGAUUGUUCGCGAUAUUCUCGAGACAUUUGAAGACCUUUCCAUGUUGGCGGAUGUGUUGAAAUAUGCCUCAAGCUCUCAAAAUAGUGUCGUCCUUGCGUCAGUUGCUGAUACCACAAAUUAUCAUUUUGACUCGCUGUGCAUGAUUGGGGCAACCUCGGAUCUUUUCCGCAAGCUGGUUGAUGCAUAUACUAUUAUCAAACGAUUCAACACACCAAGUCUGGAUUUGCUGUAUUCGUUGAUCGAACUCGGGUUGCGUAUUCCCCAUGAGUGUAACACAGUUUUGAUCCUUCGUCAAGACCUUUCACGCAUCGGAAACAAGGCUAUUCUAGCUGCAUCAUCUCCAGUCUCGGAUCACAUCCCCGAAUCCUUUGGGAAUGCAGAUCCCUUGUUCCGCGAGAAGUUGGAUCACCUUUUACUCUCCGGAAAUCUCAUGGAUGAGCCAACACUGGAUACUAUUUUCAAUACCUUGACGAAGCAAUUGGAAUCUCAGCUCGGCAAGGGGAAACUCUCAGCAAACGAUACCUGUCAGUAUUUAGCGCAGUUGCGAUCCUUUCAGCCAAAACAUUUUGAUGGGAUGUUGAUUCGCUGGGUAUGCGCCCAUUUACGAUCCUCUGACCGUUCUACUUUACUGAGUGUGAUUCCCUCCCUGAUUGGGGUUGGAUGUGUUACAAUUUCAUCGUUCCUGUCUCUAGUGAGAAGGCUCAACUACUCCACGACUCCGCUUCCCAAUGCAGGAGAUCUGCCAGCAGAGCUUGUUGAUAUUCUUCUUUCUGCUCCAGCAGAAGACAGGUACCUUGAUCUGUUUUCUCCCCCUGCAGAAGACAGGUAUCUUGAUCUGGUCUCUUACCGGUUCCAUUUGUCACAACAGAAGUUCUUAGCCAAGAGCUUUGAUGAAGUUCUUAGUAUCGUGUGUGACGCUGCGUCAUCUCUCGAUAUUGGCGAUGUCCGCAAGCGCAACGACCGAGAGGCUUCCCUUGUGGCGCUAUUGCGUGAACUUCUCGUGCGAAACCCCGGUUGCGUGGAGCAAAGUUGCAUGAAAAAGCUCGUCGAUCAGUACCCGAACGCCAUUGGCCCGCUCCGAAAGGCACUCGACAGCUUGCUUGGGGUUGAUCUCCAAAAAGAAACAUCAUCUGUGAUCUCACAAGUCGAAAAGUUGGCCAGCACAACCGAUGACUUUUCUCUCCCCUUUUGUCAAUUGAAGCUGCAGAUCCUUUUCCAUCAGGAUUCCGACAAUGAAGAUCGGAAUAGCAUCGCAGAUGCCAUGUUCAAAACCGUUGUAACCAACUCCCGCGCCCAGAAUUUCCACUGGGUCGAUCUUGUUGCGCUCAUGAGUCCUGAUGCUGUUCGUCAGAUUCGCGAACGUGCAGAGAAGGAGUUCUUCUCCAUACCCGUACUGGAAGAGCUGCCAAGUAGUUCCUCGGCCACACCUUACGGUUCAGGUUCCUUGGAAACCGCAAAACUGUACCUCACAAUAAUUGAGGAGCUUGCUGGCAGCACCCCGGAUGCUGCAACUUCUGCCAUUGUGUCUGUCCUCGUCGAUAAAAUGGAUGGCCUUCUGCAGAAGGUUCUUUCGAUGCAAGGUGAUGAUCGAAAUGGUAGCACGCCCAAUCCAGCGCGGCCGAAUUUUGAGCGGUCUCUUGCCUUCUGGUUUUCAGCUCUGCUGAGGAUGGUCGUCAUACAUCGUGCCUCGUUCAUGCUCCCAUCUGGCUUAAAAGUCAAUGCCUCCCAUGAACCAUCAAGGUUGUUGGUCUCCAUAUUCUGUAUAGCGCUUUCCCGUCUUCCAGCCGAUGUUCUACGCCUGUUUCCCGGCGCAGACUAUUUCCCCCGGCCGGGAUCAUCUGAAGACUACCGCCCCUGUCCAGGCAUUUUGUUACAAACCCAUGCCCUAGAUGUUGCUGCGUCGUUAAUUGAUGUGUUUCCCGAUGAGACAAGACAUCAGUGCUCUCGUUUUCUCAGGGAGAAGUGCCCCACGCUCGGUCUGCAGAGUGAUGCCCGAUUUCUCUACCUUUUAGGUCCAAUGGCAGACUCUACAACGUCCCACCUUCAAUCAACAGCAGCACAAUCCCCGGCAGCAGGUUCCACUCCAACAUCCAACUUGCCUGCUACUGCUCAUUCAUCACAACCCAACGCUACGCACUUAGGCGCGCAUUUUGGUGUGGGCGAAGGACUCAAUUUCGCAGCAUCUCGACUCCGUCUUCAACAACGGGGGCGGACUGUUGGUCCGUACCCAAACCGCCCUUGGGAACUUCUUGAAGAUGCGGCACCUUUUGUAGGUGUUAAUGACACCGCAGUGAAUUUGGCCUACUUUGACGCCCGACGUAUUAGGCUUUGA